AGCGCGCUGGGAUGGUUGCUAUGACGGCGUGUACGGUCCGUCGUGUCUGGCCGGUUCGGGCUUUGGCGGGAGGCUGUUUCCGCGCGUUGUCAGCGGCCAGCCAGGCGCGGCCUCGAGGGCUGGUCUACGAGCAGCACGGGGAGCCGGCUCAGGUCCUACAAAAUGUCUGCAAUUUUACCCUAAUCGUUUCGGAGUACUGGAUAAAGAAGAAGUGAUAACACAGAGAAAACUUCUAAAGAAUAUCGAUCUUGCAGAGCUAUGGGAUUCUGGGGUCCACGUGAAAAUGAUUGCAGCUCCUAUCAAUCCAUCAGACAUCAAUAUGAUUCAAGGCACCUAUGCUGUACUUGCUGACCUGCCUGCAGUAGGCGGGAAUGAAGGUGUUGGACAAGUAGUGGGCGUUGGGAGCCACGUGACCUCUCUGAAGCCAGGUGACUUGGUUAUCCCAGCUGAUGCAGGACUUGGAACAUGGCGAACAGAAGCCACCUUCAGUGAGGAAAAUCUGCUGAAAAUGCCUCCUGGUAUCCCGCUGACUUGUGCUGCCACCUUGGGAGUCAACCCUUGCACAGCAUAUCGGAUGUUAUCUGAUUUUGAGACCUUGAAGCCAGGAGAUUCUGUCAUCCAAAAUGCAGCCAACAGUGGAGUGGGUCAGGCCGUCAUCCAGAUCGCAGCAGCCAAGGGUAUCAAAACAAUCAAUGUGGUCAGAGAUCGACCUGACCUCCAGAGGCUUGUAGAGAGACUGAAAUCUCUUGGAGCAGACCACGUCAUCACAGAGGAGAUGCUGAGAAAACCAGAAGCGAAAGACUUAUUUAAGAAAGUUCCAAAGCCCAUGUUGGCCCUGAAUGGUGUGGGAGGAAAAAGUGCGACUGAGUUGCUGCGUCAUCUGCAGCACAAAGGGACCAUGGUUACUUAUGGUGGGAUGUCAAAGCAGCCCGUGACAGUCCCUGUGAGUGCACUGAUCUUUAAGAAUGUGAAGCUUCGGGGCUUCUGGAUGACCCAGUGGAAAAGAGACAAUGUCCAGAACAAAGACAAGCUGAGAGGGAUGGUUGCAGAUCUGUGCAGUCUCAUCCACCAGGGUCAACUCACUGCUCCCACCUGCCAAGAAGUCCCACUGGAGGAUUACCAAACAGCUUUGAAGGACUCUAUGAAACCGUAUAUAUCUGCUAAGCAGAUCCUGCUCAUGUGAAGCUGGUCCCGUGAGGAAAUUGGUCACAGCUGCUUCAAACAGCGUUCUGUUCGGUGCUUUCUGAUCUAGAGGAUUGAACGUCCAGUUUCCAGGCCACAGGGCUAUGGCAGAGGGAGAGACUGCUAGGGGAGAACUGUGGGGAGCAAAUGGCGCAGCCCGCAGACCUUGAAUAUAUAGAAGAGACCGUAAUUCAGUAAUAUAGAUGUUCUGGGGGGCCAAAUGCCUCAAUUUCUGCACCAGCAGGCAAUGCUGGUUAGCUUCAUGGCAAAAAAGCAGGGGUUGGGGGUGGGGGAUGACCCCUAGAAGUUUUACACUCUACAGUCCGGCACCUUGAAGGCAAAGUAUGUGGAAGUAGCUACUCGCACUGCUUUGAGUUUGCAUUCUGAGUGUCUAGAGCUAAAGUCUGUGACCAGGCUCCAAUCACAUAUGUCUUGCCAGAUCUGUGGGUGUGCUCACUUACUUGUAGCAGACUUCUUUGCUGGCUUUGGUGUGACAUGCACAGGCUAACUAGAAACUGGUUUCUGUGUUUUCUGGAUCAGGGGACUAGUCUGUAGCUAGCAAGCUUCUUCCCCUGUAGCAAGAGAAUUGCUUUUGAUUUAUAUACAGUACAAGCCAUUGUACAGAUCUUUUCCCUUUGUCUGUUCAAUUGCCUGUUCAGUUUCACUUCCCUGAUUGUUUCCCUGAAGAGUGCCCUGACAAGCUGCUCCUGUGUCUUAAAAAACAUAAUGUUGGUUGCAUCCAAAAUAGCCGUUUCUUCUUUUUUAAAAAAAUUAUCAUUCUAAAUACAAUACAAAAAUGCAAAUUCAAUACAUUACAAUAAAGAGAAUAAAACAUG